AUGGACCAACCAACGGAGCACAGAACAACCCGAGAUGCACGGCAGGUAAUUAUUCAGCCGGUCAGCAUGACGACAUCCGCUGGAACAGUCGUCUCUCGCAUCGAAUCCAUCCUGGAGGCCAUCCUGGACUGCUUAGCCCAGGGACGGGAGUUCAGCAUCGACUUUGUGUCCAGCAGAUCAGGAUCAGGAAAUAGCCCGCAAACGGUGCGGUUCCCAGGAAGGAGUGCUGUGGAAGCCACAAAGUUUGCCCGCAUACUUCUCAUCCUGCAGCUCGCCCAUGAUGCUCUCGUAUCGGGGACAGUGUUAACCAAGCGUCACAUUUUCUACCAGCAUCAGGGGCUUUUCGUGAGGCAAAGAACUGUAGACGAGCUUGUGGACAGCCUUGCCUCUGCACUCAACGUUCAACGUGACGACUUGAACAUUGUUGCAUCUUCCAAGGGUGUGUUCUCAGGACCUCUGAGUAUUCGCCUCCAGGACAACACAGUGGUUGGUCCCGCUACCGGAGAUGUGAUACCAAUCUUUGUCUUGGCUGAUUUCGACCCGGAUGGACUCAACAUUCUUCGCCACUGCCGCCUCAAAUCAGAGAUUGUAUCCCAAGGCUUUACGGCUCCCGCAAUACGCUGGCUAGGAAUCAAAUCGCAAGAUCUCCUGGAGCAUGAGAGCCGUCUUGCUAUGUUGAGGAUCCCAUCCCCGGACAACUUGCAGCUACCAGAUAGUCAAUCGUCCAAAGAAAGCUCGGGCUCCAAAGCCUCCAUCUCGUCUACUGAAUGUCGUGAGCCGAUUUCACCCCUUUCGACACGAGAUCGAAACGUCGCCGUUGGGAUUUUAAAAAAGGUUGUAGAAUCUGGAGAUGAACCCGCAGCCCUCGAACUGAGACGAGAGCUUCAGGUUAUGUUGAUGAUGGGCAUCAAGGCUGAGAUACAGUGGCUUGAUGAAGCAGGCAAUUUGACGGAGUGGCUCGAUAUCAAGAUUGAGCAGAUGCUUUUAGGUGCUUGA